CGUCACCACAUCUUCCUUCGACACGUUUCCACCAGCUCUUACCCUUAUAUGCAUCACCUCACGCAGUCGAAAGCACCGGAUCUUGUAGAUCUCAGACCUGCACCGCCAAAUCGUCAUCGAUUUCUUGAUCAUGAAGAACACGAUGCGACUCUGAUGGUGUGAACUGACUCAGAUCGAGAUGUAGCUUGAGGAACGUGUGAGCUAUAUAUUGAGUGCCGUGACUUUGUUGGUGGGUUUGCCAGUGAUGACGACGGAUGAGAAACAGAUCGAAAUUACAUCCCAGAGUGAUGUAUGGGCAAUCAACUUUGCGGACGACAGUCAUGUCGUAGGAGGAUAUGCCAACGGUGAAAUUCGUCGAUGGAAGAUUGAAGACGGACAGCAACAGGGUCCAACCAUGCAAGCGGGCAGCAGUGUUGUCGACUCUGUUGCCGUUUCCAAGGAUGGCCAGUGGUUGGUGUCUGGAGACCGCGGAGGCAAUGCGAUCGUCUGGAAUGCGGUCACUCAUGAAAAAGUGCACGAGCUCACCAAACACAGCAACUGGGUAUCGGGGAUCGACGUCUCGAGCGACAGUACUAAAAUCGCCUCCGGGGACUAUGGCAACGCCCGGAUAUUCAGUAUCGCUUCCGGUAUCCAACUCCUUCCAGUCCUCCCACACACACGGGCCUUUGGUGUCAAGUUCUCCCCAGAUGGCAGUCAAUUUGCUACCGCCUCGGACUCUCACGGCUUCCGUGUUUACAGUACCCACAAUGGCAGUAUCUUGUUCGAUUCAGAUACUAAGGGUUCAGUCGGUUCAUGGUCGCGCAUUCCGUUGGCUUGGUCCUCUGAUGGCAAGCAGCUGUUCGUCGCGAACACAGGCAAGAUCAUUUGUUUCGACGUUUCCAAAUCUUCGUUCUCGGAAUGGUCGAUCCAUGAAAACAAACCUGAGGUAUCUAUAGCAUCCAAUGGUAGAUUUAUUGCAUGUGCUGCAGGCACAUCAGUUUCACUAUGGGAUUGUGUGUCCCACAAGCAGAUCAGUAGCAUUAUUACAUGCACCUUACAGAUCAGAUCCGUCGCUCUCUCACCGGGCGGGGGGUUUCUCGCAUGUGGAAAUGGCAAGAACAUCACAAUUCACAAUCUCAGAGAUGUCCUUUCCCCUGAGUAUUUCAACCAUGGUCUCCAUGUUCCCCAGCUUCCGCUCGUACAAGUGAGCGAUGAAACCCUCAAGUCGUGGACACAGGACGACCCGACACACACCGAAAUGCUACUUUCAGCGGAGAUCGUGGGCCUUUCAAAUCCUAGCCACUACUUGCUGGCAAAUCGUGCUCUUAUAAGAGCACGUUUGAAAUAUUUGGCACUUGCGGUUAACGAUGUCAAGGAGUCCCUCCGGGUGCAGUCAUCACCUAUUGGCCAUGUCGCGAUGGCAGUCGCUCUACUCGGCCAGGGCGACAGAGAGGGUGCACUAUGCACAUUUGACCUUGCCUUUCAUGAUUGUGAACUGCAUGACAAUAGAUUUCUUUUACUGCUGAAGUUUAUCCUUGUGUUCGAGUCCGGAAAUCAAGUAGAGGCGAUAAUGCGCGUAGAGUACCUUGCUACGAGGGCACACAAGGACAACGAUGAUGACGCCACCUAUCUUUACACGCAGGUCCUUGGAGUUAUGUAUAUGAAAAUGGGAAGUUACGGACGUGCGAUACCUUUGAUAGAGCGUGCAAAGAACUUAGCCCCAAAGCGUGAGCAAUGUCCUCCGCUAGUGACCAUAUCGCUCAUAUUUGGGUGGAGUUUCAAUGGACUGGACAUUAUUGCUCAGCAACGUCUGUGUGAAACCCUCUAUGCUGAAGGACGUACAGCUGAAGCCGUCGAGAUCCUCCUCAUCAUCAUCAGGACAUCAGACGAGGAAGUCCAGCGUAGCAAGGCGACUUCAGAUUGGAUUGCAGAUUUUACCAAAAAAUGUAUUGCGACGCUUGAGCAUGUUGGAAAUGAAGUCUUUGGAUCUGUUAAAGAUGACGACAUAAUAACACAGUAUUCUUCUGUGUUGUCUCUCAGCUCUCCAAGUCCCGCCGGUCUAUUUAUCACGCGGAGCAGAGCUCGAGCCGUAAGAGGGUUGUGGGAAGAUGCGCUACGGGAUGCAAACGAGGCAGUGAAAGUGGACCCUUCCAGCCCUUGGGGCUAUGAGGCCAAGCACGUCGCGCUUCAUGGAGCGAAAUGGUAUGACGAAGCGAUCGAUGCUUUCGGGUCUAUGCUGCAAAUGAUCGAGCAGUCCCGUGACCCUGCAAUCAGGGAAUUACGCAAGAACUACAUCUCUCCUUCCGAAACGAUUGCAGCUAUUGAUCCUGCCGUUCGUGGGAUCCUAAAAAACUGUCCCCUCAUCGUCAUUGAUGUCAACACCGGUUCCCUUUGUGACGGUCCCGAGCAGAUCCGUAUCUUCAAGGCUAGCCCGACAUUCAAAGAACUUGUUUCAUCUAUGACGAAAGAAGUGGACAACGAACGGAUCCUACGAGUGGUUGCAAGGUUUUUCGGAUACGUCAUGUUCUCUCACACGUGGCAGGGGAAUGAACCGUCGUUCCAGGAUGUCAACAUGGUCAAAUCUGUUUGGAAACUCCCUGACAUGCCCCUGAAUGAGAAGUUGCGCAAUUUCUGCAAAGAGUCGCGUAGACUUGGCUACAAUUGGGCGUGGUCAGAUACGUGCUGUAUCGACAAGUCCGCAAGCUCCACUCUGAAUCGAUCUCUAACAUCUAUGUAUACAUGGUAUGCGAAUUCGGCAGCCACGCUCGUAUUCCUUGCCGGAGUAGCGCAUCCGUCCAAGCCAGGAGACCUUAGGCGUAGUUUAUGGAUGACACGAGCAUGGACUUUGCAAGAGCUUCUCGCACCGAAACUCGUUUGUUUCUAUGACUCUGAAUGGAAACCAUACCUUGGCGACGCUGCCGCAAACCACAAAGAAUCUCCGGGGAUUCUACAAGAACUAGUAGAUGCUAUCAAGAUUCCCCAUAGAACCGUCGUUACGUUCUCUCCAGACGAUCUCGGGGUGCGCGAGAAACUUCGUCUCGCUUCGACGCGCAAUGCGAUGAUCGAGGAAGACGUCGCGUACUCUCUGAUCGGGAUAUUCAAGUCCAAUAUUGGGCCUCAGUACGGCGAAGGAGCUAACGCUCUCGGACAUCUCCUGGAAGAGAUCGUGACCCGCUCCGGCGAGGUCUCCGUGCUUGCGUGGUCAGGAAAGUCAUCGUCAUACAACAGUUGUCUUCCGGUUUCUGUUUCCGUUUACAGCCAAACUCCUCACAACUUUCCAUCACUCGAAGGGGAAGAGAUGGAAACCCGUAUCACAAAGUUACGUAGCAAGUUGUCCCAACAGGAAGCCCUGAGCAUCUAUAAUCAGAUCGACCUUCUUCCAUCCGCCCGGUUUGUGGCCCAACAUCUACAUCUUCCAUGCAUCGUCUUCUCUGUCAGAAGCCUCCAUAUACAGGAGCUACGUAGUGGCAAUGAAAAGCUAUAUCGUGCCAGGGUAUCAGGGCAUGGAAGGGUGGAGUUCAGGACGGCAGAUGAUCUCCCGCUGCACGAACCAAAGAAAUUCGUCUUCGCGCAUCCGUGGAUUCAUCAUAUCCGGGGUCCGAGUGGUGGGGUUGUCGGGGGAGGUGACUUGCGAUCUGAUACUGACUCUGACUCGGAUUGGGAUGGCGACGCUAGAUCUGACGAAGUUGUGGCUUUACACACUGUCUCCAUGCCUCAGGUUGACGACUAUACCCGGGCGCUACAGAUGAUUGCUCGCCUCGGGCAGCCGUUCAACGCGCUACUUCUUGUACAGCAAAUGCAUGGAGGGUACGAGAGGGUCGCUGCAGAGAACGAGAUUGUCAUCUCUGGACUCGGAACCGACAUCACCUCCAAGCACAUUCAGGUACAAGUGUUGGAAAUCGUUUGACGUAUGUUUAGACUCGGCUGCUGGUAUUUAAAGUUGGUCUUUCUUUCUUCUCCUAUCGGUCACUUUUUUCUGUUUGUAUUUUUCAUGCUGUCCUCGUUGGUUUGCUUGUUACAUGGCUUGUGAACAAGCUAGUAUUAGCGCAGGGGUGUUCACCCUCUU